AUUCAACAUCCGGGCAACAGUAAGCUUGCGCAGAAACGGAAUGGCGGAGGUAGGAGGAAAGUAUAUGAACUUCGGCACCAAUGAUGUGGCCCAGUGGAAUGUGGGCAAUUAGAGCAAUGAAGGCUGUGAUCGGAAGAAACAACUGUUUGAAGAAGUCUUAGAGGAGUUGGAGCAGAAGUUUUCCUGCUCCAUGAAAAUGGCAGCACAAUCCCAAACUGUCAGUGAGCCUUCCUUGGAGGAGCUUCUGGCCUAUUAUGGAUACCCAGUAUCUAAUCCGCAGAAGAAGUGUCCUCUGACCACCACCCUGCAAGAUAUGACCCAAGAUAAGGAUCAGAAAGCUAAGGAUGUGUUUCAUGGCAGGAUAGAAAAACAAGCUUCAACCUAUGAUAUCCCCUCCUCCAACACCUCAGUUCUGCUGCCUUGCCUCCAGGAUGGAGACAGAUCUUCCUCUGCCAACUCAUCAGAUGAGGACACUGAUGAUUGGUCUAUUCCAUCCAAUGACGAGCACAAGAUCAAGGUUGGCUCUAUGUAUCAAGCAAAAAUCCCACCAAUAAAUCCCCAUGCAUCUGAGGAGAGAGCCUACAGAGACGAUGACCAGUUGCUUUGGAGGCCGGGGGUUCUGCCAGUGCAGGAAGUGGAAGAAUUUUUGCUGAAUGCACAAAAACUUUGUAUCCAGGAGUGGGCGGUAUGGACCCAAGGAGCCCCUGUCCAAGACAAUGAGCAGGCAUUGUAUGAACUAGUGAAAUGCAACUUCAAUGCAGAAGAAGCUCUCAGACGAUUACGCUUCAAUGUUAAAGUGUUUAGUGAGGAGCUGUGCUGUUGGAGCGAGGAAGAGUGUAGGAACUUUGAGAACGGCUAUCGUGUUUACGGGAAAAAUUUCCAUCUCAUUCAGGCCAAUAAGGUCCGAACACGCUCAGUUGGUGAGUGUGUAGGGUAUUACUACAUGUGGAAGAAGUCUGAGCGGCACAUGUUCUUCAGCCAGCAAGCUACAAGGAUGAGCCGAAAGAAGUACAGCAUACAGUCAGGGAAUAUUGAGGAUGGAGACCAGGACACUGAAGGAGGAGAUCUCGAGGGAAACAACACUUUGGGGUUGCUGUCAGAGAUCUCAAUGAGCUCUGAAAAGAUGGAGUCCCCAUUUCCUGCAAACACAAAUCUAGAUCUAAACAAGCAAGAUGGUGAGCUGGUGAUGAGUCUGUCCGAACUGUGUGACGACGAUUGUCCUCAGCAGCUUUUCGACUGUCCGUUCUCUUUCUCAUCCAUCGAAGAACUUGGAGACCCUGACUCGGAUCGUCUGACGGCUUCGGUGCAGCUCCAUCCUCAACCCUCUGACCAGUGCCCCGAGUGGGCCAGAGGAAGCCCUCAGUCCCACGAUGACGAUGACCACUGCUUUCUAAACUCCUGCUUCUACCAGCUGCACAUGCAGGGCAGACCUUUUGUUUCCGAUGGCUGUGGUGUGGCAGCUGGUGGAGCUCACGCCUCCCACACUCUGCAGGUGGAAUUUAACCUUCCUUCAACCUCGGCUUCCUCAUCCGCCCUCCUCUCAUCAAAUUUCCAGGCAUUUGGCGGCCUGCUGCACCCCUAGCACUGUUUGCAUUCUCCCCCUCAGAAAGAAUUUGGGGUACAUAGAAAGGUAAAAUCUGAGAUGAGAUUAUGCUGUUCAUUUGCUCUGCAGAGAAAUAUUUAUCCAUACAGUUUUUAUACCAGAAAAGGAUGGACCUUUUGCACUGGAGUAGAGCUUGUUAUCAACGUCCGUCCAUUGCUGAAUGUUGAGAGAAUAAUGGACCUUUUAAAGCCAUCAGGUGUAUAUCUGUUAAAUACAAAUUUGUUAAAGCACAGUGGAUGGGAUGAGGGCUGCACACCAAUUUUCAAAAUCACUUCCAUUAUCUUUAACUUAUUUUAUUUUGUUAUUGUUUUUGUUAUUACAUAUUUUGUUUUGCAUCAUGCACAUCAGUUGCUUGCUUUUGGUAAUUUUUAGAUAUGGUAAUUGUUUUUUCCUUUGUCCCCUAGUUCUGCCUCAUUUUUUGUUUUUUUUAGUAUCUGGGUGAAACUUUUUCAUAUUAACGUUAAAACCUGAAUGGAAAAUAUUUUAUUUAAUAUAGAUUAGUUUAAACGCAAAGCCAUAUAUGAGCACAACAGUCCAUUUACAUUUUUCUCCCAUUUUGAUAUGUAAUGAUUAGGUUUCUACAUGUCUUUUUUUUUUUUUUUGUAUUCACUGACUUCCCACUAAUUUCCACUUCUAGUGGAACUUAGUUCAACUAAAGCAUCAACAGAUGUUGUGUUUUGAGGUCAAUGUAACUUCCUUUUUUCUCCGUUUCCAUAUAGCUCACACCUUUGAGCCAGGAAACGAACCCACCUAUUAC